GCAGGCCGCAUCGUCAAGUUUUGGAUCUAGGGUGGACUCUACUGCACGGAGGGUUUUGCUUUGCUGUUCUUCAGCUGUUACCUCUCCGCCCAACGUGGUCUGGCGGCCGCCGUUGCCGGCAGUUCUCUUCGUCUCUUUUCUAUCUCCUUGUCUGUUAGUGGUCUUGCAACCUCUACCCCAAGAAGCUCCGGCGAGACCAACUCUCCUCUCCGCAUCCUCCCUCCGCUGCCGCUGACCGACGAACUAUAACUCGCAACGCUGCGCUUCUCCCGUCGGGCACCACCUUCCUUCCGAAACCCUAGAUUUCAGCCAGAUUCGCGAGGCAGCAGCUCGCCUACCAAUCUAUCCAAUCCCACGUCCUAGGGAACCUGACGCGUUUUCGAGCAGCAGUGGUGAUGGGCAAGUCUCGUAGAUCUUCUGCAGAAGUGGAUAAGUUAGACAAAAAGUUUUUGAAGGAAGCUACUGCAAAUGGCUGCAUCGAAGGAACCAGUGAUAAAGAUGACAGAUUCCAGUCUAGUGAAUCUGUGGAUUUGUCAGAGAACGAGAAAUCUCAGGGCUCACCUUAUGAUAGCGGGGAGGAUGACCAAGAUGACAGAUUCCAGUCUACAGAUCCUGUGAAUUUCUCAGAGGACGAGAAAUCUCAGGGCUCACCUUAUGAUAGUGGGGAGGAUGAUCAAGAUGACAGAUUCCAGACUAGUGAUUCUGUGGAUUUGUUGGAGGAUGAGAAAUCUCAGGGCUCACCUUAUGAUAGCAGGGAGGAUGACCAAGAUGCCAGUGAUUAUGAAAACCAUGGGACCAUGGAGGAGAGUGACUCUUCUGAAGAUGAGGUUCCUUCAAGAAAUACUGUUGGGGAUGUUCCAUUGGAGUGGUACAAAGAGGAGGAGCAUAUCGGAUAUGACAUUGCAGGAAAGAAGAUAAGGAAGCAGGCUAGGAAGGACAGGAUUGAAUCUUUUCUAGCUGGAGUAGAUGAUGCAAAAAAUUGGAGAAAGAUUUAUGAUGAAUAUAACGAUGAGGAAGUGGAAUUGACAAAGGAGGAAGUUAAAAUGAUUCAUAGAAUGUUGAGGGGGAAGACACCACAUGCUGGAGUUGAUCCAUAUGCGCCUUAUGUCGAUUGGUUUGAAUGGGAGGAUAAAGGACACCCUCUUUCAAAUGCGCCGGAGCCAAAGAGGCGAUUCAUUCCUUCAAAAUGGGAACAAAAGAAGGUCGUUCGUUAUAUCAGAGCUAUUCGAAAAGGGUUUAUUAAGUUUGAUAAACCUAAGGAGGAACCUCACGUUUAUUUGUUAUGGGGCAAUGAUUCUAGUGUAACUGAAAACAAGAGGCAUGGUUUGAGUUAUAUUCCACCACCCAAAUCGAAGCUGGCAGGUCAUGAAGAAUCAUAUAAUCCUUCUGCGGAGUUCAUUCCUACUCAGGAGGAGAUCAACUCAUACCAGCUAAUGUUUGAGGAAGACCGUCCUAAGUUUAUUCCUAGAAGGUUUGAGUCACUUCGGAAUGUGCCAGCUUAUGAGAAUGCACUUAAAGAAACCUUUGACCGUUGCCUUGAUCUCUAUUUAUGCCCCAGAACUCGAAAAAAACGUAUCAACAUAGAUCCAGAAUCUCUAAAGCCUAAGCUACCUAGUCAGAAAGAUUUGAGGCCUUAUCCGUCGACAUGUUAUCUUGAGUACAUAGGGCAUACAAGUCCAGUGAAGACGAUAUCAAUUGAAAUAUCAGGACAGUGGAUGGCAUCUGGUUCAUCUGAUGGAACAGUGCGUGUUUGGGAGAUUGAAACAACUCGAUGUAUCAAAGUUUGGGAUGUUGGUGAACCUGUCAAUCAUAUUGUGUGGAAUCCUUUACCUGAACUUCCCAUCCUGUCAAUAUCUGUAGGAUACGAUGUGCUUAUUUUAGAUACUGGAUUGGGAAAUGCAGAGAAUCAAGCAAGGGUCAAGGAGUUGCUUCAUGUGGAAGAAUCAAAACUAGAGGAGGAUGAAGGAAAUACCACUCCGGUAGUGAGAUGGCUUCAAGAUGAUAAAUAUGAUGGCAUCCGAUUAAAGCAUUGCAAGGUUGUGACAAAAAUUGAUUGGCAUCGGAAAGGAGACUAUUUCACUACUGUCGUUCCUAGUGGUGAUUCAAGAGCAAUCUUGAUACACCAACUCUCCAAGAAACACACACAAAAUCCUUUUAAGAAGUUACAUGGUCUUCCAAUAGCUGCAGUUUUUCAUCCAACACGGUCGAUAUUCUUUAUAUCAACCAAGAAUCAUGUCCGUGUGUAUGAUCUUUUAAAGCAAAAGCUUGUUAAGAAGCUUGAGACUGGUCUUCGUGAAGUUUCUUCCAUUGCAAUUCAUCCAGCAGGUGACAAUGUUAUUGUGGGCAGCAAGGAAGGAAAAAUGUGCUGGUUUGAUAUGGACCUUUCAUCCAAACCAUAUAGAACCUUGAAGACCCAUCCCAAAGACAUAACCAAUGUCACCUUCCAUCGCCUGUACCCUCUCUUUGCCUCAUGUUCCGAAGACUGCACUGCUUAUGUGUUCCAUGGGACGGUGUAUUCGGAUCUUAAUCAGAAUCCUCUCAUCGUCCCAUUGGAAAUCCUGCGUGGCCACAACAGUUCUAAUGACAGAGGUGUUUUAGAUUGUAAAUUUCAUCCGAGGCAGCCAUGGCUAUUCACAGCUGGAGCAGAUUCUGUCAUUAAACUGUAUUGCCACUAAUGAUAGAUUCUCCAGGAAACUUUGAAGAAUCUCCUCGAGUCAAGAUACAUGAAUACUGGCCGAUCCUACAUGACUACGGUAGCAAGUUCAUGUUCUUUGCUGAAGCUGCAACCUAUUUAUGAGGUCGUUCUAUAUGGCACCGGCACCUAGAGCAAGUUCGUGUUCUUUGCUGAAAUUGCAAUCUAUUUACAAGGUCUUUAGGUUAGUUUUGUUGUUAAUUUAUUUUAUUGUUGGCUGCUAAAACUGUCUAUAAUUUCUAAAUUACUUAUAAAGCUAUAUCCUUUUAUGUCGA